CGAGUAAUCUUGAGGGAAAGUAUGCCAGUACGCUGCCAGCGUCUGAUACAGUCUGAUGUAGCUGAUGUUGGACUGGGCGUACCCAACUAAACUAAAGUUUUCUGGUGAAGACUGGCGUGAUAUUUGCCUACAACCUGCUGAUUUGUCGGCCUCAAAAUGCCUUCCGUCAUGGCUGAUCUUAUGACGCUCAUCCAGCACGAAAUUCCCGAUGGACGGCAAAACAUCCACGACAGCCACACCAAUCUUGAAAAGGUUGCGGAGUACUGCGAGGCCAACUACUUUCAGUCUGAGAACAAGCAUGCAGCCCUGGAGGAAACCAAGAAAUUUGCAACCCAGUCUCUCGCCAGCGUUGCCUACCAGAUCAACACACUGGCAUACAACCUGUUGCACUUACUGGACCUGCAGACAGCUCAGCUCUCUGAGAUGGAAUCGCACAUCAACCACAUAGGCCAGACAGUAAUGAUCCACAAGGAGAAAGUGGCCCGGCGUGAAAUUGGUGUGCUGACGGCCAACAAGAGCACGCUUCGCCAGCACAAGAUCCUGGCCCCAGCCAGUCAGGAGCGUCCUGUCAAGUACAUUCGCCGCCCCAUCGACUACACUUUGCUGGAUGAGGUUGGACACGGGCUACGCACGUCCUCGGCAGGGAAUGGCGGCGCCAACAAAGCUCGCCGCAUCCCGUCUUCUCAGGCUCUGAUGAAUGCCGGACCAGCACCAACAACAAAGCCGCCAACGCCACCUCAAGCAAACCGAGGGGUCACCGUAGGGUCUCUGACACGUGGCUCUCGAGAGUACCGUACACCUGCACCACCGAUUGCCCCACCACAGGUGCCUAGCAACUAUGCUGCCAACUACCCCCUCGGCCACCCUCGGAGAGGGAGUGGCUACUCCACACUGCCAGCGCAUGGCCAUCAUGGGUCCAGCCACCAAAGUUCAUUGCCCCCGUCCCAGAUGACACCUCCUCCAGCACUGGCCAGUCAGCCUCAAGUGGGCAUGGUGCACCCCAUGAGUCAACACACCAUGGGCCAUCACCACCACUCAAUGCCCCACCACACCUUGAACCACCCCAGUCACAUGGGGCAGCAACAGCAGCAGUCGGGUAUUGCACAGAACCCGGCAAUGCAAGCUGGUGUUGCCCAGAACUCAAUGGUGGCCAUAGCACCGGGGAGUGUUGUUCACCCGAUGGCCCAGAAUCCAGCGGCACCGGGUGCAAUGUCGGUGGGUGCCAUGGGCCACCAAAUGGCCAAGGUGCCCACAUCCAUGGUCCCAACCUCAAUGCUGCAGAGCCAGCACUAUGGUAGCAUGGCCCCUGCUCACCAGCCGCCACCACCAAGCGACCCCAUGACCUCGAGCCUUACAGACAGGCUUCCGGAGCCUCCUCCACCGCACAUAAUGACUGGAGGCAUUGUACCUACUGCAGAGUAUGAACGUCACGGGAAUGUGUCACCUCCGCUCCCCCCUCCACCACCUCCCGAGCCCCUGUACCCUGGUAAUUACGUUCCGCCUUCCCCACCAGCCUAUGGGCACCAGCGGCCGGACGCCCAGCGGGACUCUGUACCCAAGACCUACCUGGAGAAAGUGGUUGCUAUAUACGACUACGAAGCUGACAAGGACGAUGAGCUUUCCUUUUCUGAGAACUCUGUAAUCUACGUUAUCAAGAAGAAUGAUGACGGCUGGUACGAAGGCGUCAUGAAUGGUGUGACAGGCCUGUUUCCAGGAAACUACGUGGAACCUUGCAUGUGAACAAGAGCAGCGGGGCAAUGUGUCACCAGAAUUCGCCACCCUUGUGUGCAGGCUCGGGCAGCUGUAUGCAACUGCUUGUUUCUGAAAUUCAGGAUGAACUCCAGGUUCAGUGUGCCGUAUUUAGUCUCGAGAAACCCUUCCGUUAUCUGUUCAUCGGCCAGCUGUAACGUGCUGAAUUUGGUCAUUCCGAUGGUAUGAGACAUUUAACGAUUAAGACACAACAGGAAGUUGAAAAAAUAUAUAUUUAGGUUGAAUUGCGUAUGCUUUUUUUGUCUGAAUAUGAGUUAUUGGUAAUUUAUGAUGAUCAAACAUGUCUAAUGGAUUUUAUGUACAUACUAAGUUAUCAGUUACAAUUUAUCCACUGCAAUGAAUUAACUCUUUUUGCUUGGUUGUUUGGAGAGCACAAUCCUCAGGAAGUGUUUUGUCCAUUAUUCUGGAUGCAUAGUGGUGAUUGUCUUGCAUCAUUUUUGUUAUCUCCCACUUCAGGUGUAAUGAAUUCACAAAUGAGCGGUUCGUAGAAUUGAACACUAAUGAACUGUUCGGAGUGCCAAGUUGUGACUAUGAAUUGUUUUUACUUUUACAAAUUAGCCAAAUAGAAUGUAUUUGUUUACUGUAUUGCAUAUAUUGUGCAGUUUUCUGGUUUUUGUUGUGUGCUUUUACGGGGAACGCAACAUGCACUGCAAGGUUACAUGGACUGUGGUCAUUUUUACUAAGUGCAAGCCAUUUAACUGUAGUUAUAAACCUGUGUUUGCUUACUAGGCUGUAACUCAGUGCACAAGUCCAUUGAAGAGUUUUAGCAGCAUUCCACUUUCUUCUGCCUGUGUUGGAAAGUUUUAGUAUUGCUUAUUUCGAGUAUGCUUUGGCCAUUGCCAUUUUUAAGCAAGAAAUCAAAUUUGUAAUCCUCCGUCACCCUCUUUGAGAGUUGGGAACAAAUGAAUUGUGUGAGUAAAGAAGGGAGGAAAGGGUUGCAAGAGUCUGGCUCCUACAGCCAGGUAUUUAUUGCACUUGCUUAACCCAAUGCAAAUGUAGUGUUCUAUAUCUCUGUUAUUACAAUAAACUUGUUUUUUGUAA